AAAGAAAAAAAAGCCUAAAGCCUUUUCAGCAUCUAUUUAACAUAAAGCAAGAGCUUCCGGAGGACAAAUCACCAAACUCAAAGAAGACAAAAGUAAUACAAAAAAACAGAUCUGUUCACGACGAAAAUAAGAGAAGAUAUGGUUCUUAGAAGCUCAAUCUCCAACACAAGAAAACUCUUCCAAAAAACUAUCGACAACUUCAAGUCAUUCUUCUUCAACAACGGUACUUAUCACAAACUACCAAAAACACCUAACAACACCUCUACCAAUAUUAAUAAUGAUCAUCCAAACUCCAACAUCAUCACAUCAUCAUCAUCAUCCAUACACAAGCAAUUUCAACCUAAACCCAAAGACUAUGUGACUACAAACAAAGCUUCGAGUCUACAACCGAGAAUAGGAGACAGAGACGAGACACUCUUUUCCCAACCAAAGGUUAAUCUAGUUCGUACAAAACUAAAGGAGAUGGAGAAAAUGAUGAAUGAUGAUAUAAUAAGUGAUGAAUAUUAUGUCUCAGAUGUAAUAGAAUUUUUGCAUUGCUACUCUCGUCUUCGUUACACUGCUUACCUCGACGUGGUUGAGAAUUUUUUCAUGGAGGUCUACUCUGAUUUCUUUAGCCCUCAUCAUCUCGUGGGCACCCGAACGGCUGUACAAAGAAGGUAUCCCGCGGUUGUUGGAAUUGGAUCGUACGGUGGCCAUAAACAUUGAUGGAGAGGUUCAAAUAUGAUAAGUGAUUGUUAUUAUAUUUGUUUUAUUUUUACUUUUUCUGUUUUCUUCAUAUAUUUGUUUAACUUUGUGAAUCGGUGAUUGUACAUGGCUAUACUUAGUAGUGUUUUACUUUUAUAAUUUUACAAAUAAUAAUUGAUGAACCUUUUCUUCUAUCUUUUUUGUUGGUUU